AUGGAUUUUUCUGCAAUCAAGAUUCUGUUCAUCUUCAUCUUCAUUUAUUUCACAUACCCAAAAACCUUAGCUCUCAUCUACCCUCAAGAUCUCAUAACCCAUGAUUCUGUUUUUGAUUUUUCACCAUUUUCGCCCUCUUUUUCAAUCUCUCCAGCUCCGAUUUUUCCUCCUACUAUAGAACCUCUUGUUCCUGCUCUGUUCGUAAUUGGUGAUUCGUCAGUUGAUUGUGGUACUAACAAUUUUCUUGGAACUUUUGCUCGUGCCGAUAGGCUUCCUUAUGGACGUGAUUUUGAUACUCAUCAACCUACUGGACGCUUCUGCAAUGGAAGAAUCCCUGUCGAUUAUCUUGUGAGAUUUGUGAAAAGAUUGCUAAAUUCCAUUCUUUUUGUGGAUUUGAUUAUAUCAGCUGUGCGUCUUGGGUUACCAUUUGUGCCAAGUUAUCUAGGGCAAGCUGGUUCAAUUGAAGACAUGAUUCUUGGUGUUAAUUAUGCUUCUGCUGGUGCUGGCAUUAUUUUCUCAAGUGGCUCUGAAUUGGGUCAGCAUAUCUCCCUUGCACAACAAAUAGAGCAGGUUACUGAUACUAUUCAGCAAUUUAUAAUGACCAUUGGUGAAGAAGCAACAGCUGAUCUGAUAUCAACUUCUGUGUUCUACAUUUCGAUUGGAACCAACGACUACAUUCAUUACUAUCUCCGGAAUGUAUCUGAUGUUCAGUCUGUUUACUUACCCUGGAGCUUCAACCAGUUUUUGGCACAGACAAUGAAACAAGAGAUUAAGAACUUGUACAAUGCCAAUGUAAGAAAGGUGGUUGUAAUGGGACUGGCUCCAAUAGGCUGUGCUCCUUAUUACCUUUGGCUAUACCAUAGCAAGAAUGGGCAGUGUGUCGAAACCAUAAACGACAUGAUACUCGAGUUCAACUUUGCAGUUAGAUAUAUCGUAGCAGAACUCAAUGAAGAGCUUGUUGGUGCCACUGUCAUCUUCUGUGACGCGUUUGAAGGUUCAAUGGACAUCAUUCAGAAUCACGACCGUUAUGGUUUCAAUGUAACAGAUGAGGCUUGCUGUGGUUUAGGCAAAUACAAAGGCUGGAUCUUGUGCAUUUCCCCUGAAAUGGCGUGCAGUAACGCCUCAAAUCAUAUCUGGUGGGAUCAAUUUCAUCCGACUGAUGCUGUGAAUGCGAUCCUUGCUGACAAUGUAUGGUCCGGCUUGCACACACCUAUGUGCUACCCAAUGAACUUACAGGACAUGUUAGCUCAAAGCGCCAGAUAAUUGGACCUACACAUAUUCUCAUUCUAUGCUGAUUAGCAUUCUCAUUUCUGAAUAUAUGACUACUUGCAUAGUUGAUAUAGCAUUCUUUGCGUGUUCUAUUU